AUGGAAACCGGCACCAGCCACGAACCUGCCGCUGUUGAGGCAGUUGUGUCGUCACUGCCACCCUUCCUGAGGCUUUGUCGUGAGAUUCGCGAUCUCAUCUAUCUUGCCGUCCUUGGAUCAGCCGAUCGAGCUCCGGUAUCGUCAAGUGCGUGCGGGCCUCGUCUUGACCUUGGAUACCAAGAGUGUCUAGAUGCACAACAAUUGGAACUCUGCCAGCACAAGCAACCCCCACUCGACUAUGGUACCUUGAGUCAAUGGAAUAGAUACUCGAAGGCUUCUUCUCGCGUCAAUAGUCGGUCUCUUCUAUAUCUUAAUCAUCAGAUACAUGUAGAAACGUUGGAGGCUAUCUCGCGCAUCAGAGCUUCAGGCAGCCUCAAGUACUCGCUUGACUGCAUUAUCGAGAAUGAAUGGGUUAUAUAUCCGACAUGGCUUUCCGUACCAGCUGUCUCAUCUCACGUCGAUGUUGUGGAGGCUCAGAUCAGAGCGGUUGGAGAUUGGACGGAGAAGUACAAGUCUGGCUGGCGCGCAGGCUGUGGAGAGUACGCUCACAUCAUCUGGAGUUUACUCGAGUUGCUUCAGCGCUUCCUCGUCCGAGGCCCGGAUUUUCUAUCCCAGCCCAAGCAAAGAGGGCUCGCCAUUGGGACCCUUGUGCUGACCGUCCUUACUCCAGACGAACCAGAGUGUGGUUUCCUUCCGGUGGAGCACCAUAUUGGUUCAAGUAGCAAUCGGAGUCAUGGUCUGAUUCAUCCGGGGAGCGUGGCAAAUAUGCUGCACUUGCACAUGGAUACCUUGUUGUGUUAUGCUUGUGGUGGAGUCACUGAGCGUCACAGGACCGGGUACCGCGUUAUGAAGCUGGGAGACUACAUCGACAGAAUCGAAAUUCGGCUUGAUGGCAAUGAGAGGAGCUCUUGGACUCUGAAGGAACUGCUCUACAAAAGCCAAUGGAACUAG